GACAGUGUAGAGAAGAAGAGCCCUGCCAUGCCCGGUUCUCCUGUGGAUGCUAAGACUCAUUCCAGAUCAGCUCCCAAUAGCAGCAGCAGUGCCGCCAUCAUCAUGCCACCCCUGCCGUCCAUCAACCCCAGCGCCCCGCGCCUGGCUUCCUUCUCCACAACAGCACUGACCAAUGGGAACCACCAUUCGCCACCAACGCUCAAUGCGGUGCCUUCGCCGCCGCAGCGCUACAGCAACGGACCCUCUUCGUCGUCAUCGUCGUCGCUGUCUAACCAGCAGUUGCCGGCCACGUGCGGCGCGCGGCAGCUGAGUAAGCUCAAGCGAUUCCUGACCACGCUGCAGCAGUUCGGCAACGACAUCUCACCAGAAAUUGGCGACAGCGUUCGCAACUUAGUGCUGGCUUUAGUAAAUUCAACAGUGACCAUCGAGGAGUUUCACUCACGGCUUCAGGAGGCCACCAAUUUCCCCUUGAGGCCGUUUGUUAUUCCUUUUCUCAAGGCGAACCUUCCCCUUCUACAGAGGGAGCUGCUCCAUUGCGCACGUGCAGCCAAGCAGACUCCAGCACAGUAUCUGUCCCAGCAUGAGCACCUCCUGCUGAGCACAACCAUGGCUUCCUCUCCAGACUCUUCUGAGCUCCUCAUGGAGCCCUCAGACGCCGCCGUCAAGAGGCCCAGCCCUAGCAGGGUCAAGGAAAAUGGCUUCCACGAACGUCCCCCCGUAGCCAUGGAGCCCGCAGCCAAGCGCAUUUGCACCAUCAGCCCGGCUCCCCGCCACAGCCCGGCGCACCCAUUGCCGCUCAACGCCCAGCUGCACCCGACGCCGCCACCCCUGCAGCACUACGCCCUGGACGACAUCGCCGCGCCACACAUCCUGCACCGAGAGCACAGCCAGCGCAUGUUAGACAUACGAGAACUCAAAGACAGACCAAGAUUGCCAGGCACGAAUGGGGGUUACCGUGAGGAGCCUGUUGACCACAAGUUGACGGACCGCGAGUGGGCUGAUGAGUGGAGGCAUCUGGACCACGUGCUGAACUCUAUCGUGGACAUGGUGGAAAAGACGCGGCGGUCAGUGAGCGUCCUGCGGCGGUGCCAAGAGUCAGACCGUGAGGAGCUCAACUACUGGAGGCGGCGCUCUAGUGAGCAGGAGGAUGCUCGCAAAGGACCAGUGCCCUUCUCCAAAACACACAGUCCCCACUCUGCAGAGUCAGAAUGUCAGCGUGACUUUGCCCCACGACCCGGCUCAGCGUACGUCACAGAUGAGAUCUGGAGAAAAGCAGAGGAGGCAGUAAACGAGGUAAAGAGGCAAGCCAUGGACGAAGUGCAGAAGGCGGUUGCCGAGGCUGAGCAGAAGGCUUUCGAGAUGAUUGCAGCCGAGCGGGCCAAGAUGGAAAAGACGCUGGCCGAUGCUAAGAGGAAGGCUCAGGAAGACGCUAUCAUGGUUAUCAAUGAGCAAGAGGAUUCCAGCGAGUGUUGCUGGAACUGCGGUCGCAAAGCUAGCGAGACGUGCAGUGGCUGCAACGCAGCGCGCUACUGUGGCUCCUUCUGCCAGCACAAAGACUGGGAGCGGCACCACCUCAUCUGCAGCCCCGGACUUCAGACUCAACCCAAACCCAUUUCUACAAUCUCUGCACCCAGGGUGGCAGCCACUUCUGCCGUGGUGUCCCCGGUGGGGCCCGUGACCCCCGAUGUCACUGCCACGGCGUCCAGUCCAGGCGGGGAGAAGGUUCCGGUGGCAUCUCGCUCAUCUACUCCUUCUACUCCAGUGUCGGCGCCCGAGACCAAUGGACAUUAG